AUGGCGACAACUACCCAUGCCCAACCCAAGAGGAAGUCCUCCGCCGCCGGGCUGUCCUCUGGUGGUAGGACAGUCAAGCGGAGGGCUUCCAAAGCCUGCCACUGCUGCCGUGGUAGGAAAGUGCGUUGUGACGUGGUCGAGAGCGGAAUUCCAUGCACGAAUUGCCGCCUCGACGAGGUCGAGUGCGUAGUCACUGAAGGAAAGCGUCGGAGAAAAUCCUAUGCUGAAGGGGAGCUGUUUCACCACUCGCCCUGCAAUUCUGUAGAAGAAGAGAAGGAAAUUCCUCAAUUUCCCAUCUUCGACGACAUUGAUGAGCUCAACAACUUUGUCCCUACCUUGCCCACGGCUGAGCCAACCCACCCCCAGCUCGCCUUGGACGACGAGAUGGUCCAUCACAAACCCCAUAUGCUUUACCAGACACAAGGCCAACGCUUGAGCCAGGAGGAACGUUUUCGACGAAUGUCUACGGUCGGCGGCAACAACUUCACUCCACCGAUGCUCUCCCCGGCAAUGUCCUAUUUCCUUCAGCACUCGAGCCGACUGAACAUCGUCCUUCCGCCCUAUUUGCAGCCCAUAUCUCCCAGGAUCAUGACCGAAGAUCUGGAGUAUCUGCAGAAAAAGGGGGCGUUUUUGAUCCCGGAGACAGGCUUUCGGAACGAGCUGCUUCGAUGCUACGUCCAAUACGUACAUCCUUUCCUUCCCAUCAUCGACCUGCGGGACUUUUUGACCACCGUCGAAAAGAACCAGCCGACCAACACCGUCAGCCUCUUGCUCUUCCAGGCCAUCAUGUUUGCGGCGACUGCAUACAUUGACAUGCGGUAUCUCAUUGCCCAGGGAUACAUGACCAGGAAGGCAGCCCGGAAAUCCUUCUUUCAGCGAGUCAAGCUCCUGUAUGACUUUGACUACGAAGUCGAUCGAGUCACGGUUGUGCAGGCUGUCUUGCUGAUGACCUACUGGUACGAGAAUCCCGACGACCCAAAGGAUGUGUGGCACUGGCUGGGUGUGGCCAUCUCGGUUGCUCGAACCAUUGGCCUCAACUGUGAUACUUCGAACGCUUCGCUCAUGAGCUUGCAACAGCGUCGUCUCUGGAAGCGCAUCUGGUGGUCUUGCUACAUGCGAGACCGAUUGAUCGCCAUUGGGAUGCGACGCCCGAUGCGGAUCAAUAGUGGAGAUUUUGACGUGCCAAUGCUCGAGGUCUCCGACUUUGAAACCGAUGCCCUGCCAGCCGAGCUCAGUAGGAUGCUCGGGGGCUGUCCUGCCGUGAGAGACACGUCGAAGCGCGUCACCCUGGCCAAAAUGUGUAUCGGCCUGGCCGAUCUCUGUGUCCGCAUCACCCAAGUUCUCGCGGUCCAGUACUCGACGCUCGGCCACAAGAUCGGCGCCACUCAAGAGACGACCAUGAGACUGGUUCCGAAGAAGUCGGCAGCAGACCCUUGCGACGUGAUUCGGUGUGACCGCGCGCUCGACCAGUGGCACAAAGACCUCCCACAUGAGCUCCAUUACUUUGCUCCAGAUUCUCGCGAGCGGACAAGCACCAACGACGGAGAGGUCAUCAAUCUGCACCGAGCUCUACUGACCGGAAUCUACCUUACGGCGAUCAGUGCAUUGCAUCGACCACAAAUCCUGCCGUCCGCGCCCAACGUUGUUGUCGCCCCGGAACUCCGAGAAUUGUCGAGGAGGAAGGUCCGCGAGGCCGCCAAUGAUAUUACCGAGAUGUAUAAAGAACUCUUUGCGCAUGAUUUGAUACGAUAUCUCCCCAACACUGGCGUUACCUGCCUGCUUCCAGCAAUCAUCAUCCAUCUCCUGGAUAUCAAAUCAAGCGACUCCAACACGCGACAAGCGAGCAUUCGGAAAUUCCAAUUCUGCAUGCAGGCCCUGCAAAGGCUGCGGGAGAUGUAUGCUUCUGCGGAUUUUGCCUUCUCGUUCCUCGAUGCGGCUGUCCGCAAGACCAAUGCUCAAGUCUAUGCGGCUGCCGCGGCCGCUGGAACGAAAGGGCCAUUCUCGCCCGGCUCGAUUGGGAUGGACCAGAAGAAGUUUCCCCCAGCGCCGUUGUUGCUUACGCCACCUCCUGAGGCCAUGCAAACAGCUAGCCUACUGCUCAUGAACUCGACACUUGCGCCGGAAGAGCGAAGCCUCAUUGCCGCAUACACCCCGCCGGAGUCGGACACUAGCUUGAACAUCCACACCAAGGAAGAGCCGGUUAUUACAUCGGCAGAAAUGAUUGCCCAUCACACCGCAGUGGUCAAUUGUGCACCAGAGGGGCAGACGCACGCUGAUUUUGAGACUCUUGUUGACUUGGAGGGGGGCACUGAUUUGUUUUCGACGGUUGAGGACGGCCUGGAUUUGAACAUGCAGUGGCUGCAGGGAUUUGACGCGGACAACCACACUCCCAACUCUGGAGAGUUUCCCUUAGAGACGAUUGAAGAGGUUGAUGAGCAGCGAGAGCAAUGUGGUUACGCAGAACAAGAACUAGACGCCGCUGACGAGCUUGUGCUGGGAUUGGGCAUCCAAGGCGAUGCCUGAGGUUUUGAGACGAG